AUGCAGAGAGGAGUGUACGUGGGGACACGGCUGUUCCUGGAGAAGUGCGACACGCUGCUGUCGCUGAUCGGACACACGGACAACCAGCCGGGCGAACUCAUCAUCCUCUGUGCGGAUGUGGGCGGCACCAAUAUACGGCUGCGGCUCAACGAGGUCUUCAGGGAGGAGGGGGUCGUCAAGCAUGCCCGCCUCUGCGAGCAGGUCACCAAGACUCUUGACUGUGCUCGGCUCGAGGACGCGUUCAUCGGCUUCCUGAAGACUGCUCCGCGGAGGGUGCGGGUGGGGGCGGUGGCGCUGGCAGGUCCGAUCAAGGACGGCGCGAUUCUGAUGUCGAACGCCCAGAAGUGGGGUCUCCUCCAGGAAGAAGAAUUUGCAAAAAAGAUCGGGUUAGAAAGGGUCAAGUUUCUGAACGACUUUGAGGCUAUUUCCUAUGGAGUCGAGAAGCUGGAGCCCGAGGAUGUGCACAGUGUCAACGGACUGCCUCCCACCGAUGACGUCAAGGCCGUCUUGGGGCCCGGCACUGGCCUGGGCUGCAGCAUCCUCAUCAGCGAGCAUUCCACGAGCGGGAUGCGGAGCAGGGUGCUGCCCUGCGAGUUCGGGCACGUGGACCCCCUGCUGAGCAGCUCCGAAGACCUCGAGAUAAUGAAAUUCAUCGAGCAGGAGUCCGGUCAGGCAGUGGUGCUAGAAAGGUCAUUCUGCGGGCCAGCCAUCCCCUACAUCUUCAAGUUCUAUCCCAAGUCCCCUGAAGCGCAGGAACAGUCCUACGAGAUCAUCAGCAAAGGUGUGGCGAAGCAGGACGAGGCCUGCGAGCGGGCGGUCGCCUUCAUCUGGGAGGUGUACAUGCGGGUCAUCAUCACCUUCACGAUGCUGCUGCUGCCCAAGGGCGGCAUCUACCUGGUCGGCUCCCUGACAAACUCGCUCAUCCCCUACAUCAAAGAGCACGUCGACCAGCUGAAAGCGCGCAUGCUGUGGCUGCCGGACCUCGGCCUCAAGGGCGCAAGGGUUAUCGCCCAGCGGAUAGUCGAGGAGAUGCAGGUGCUCUGA